AGUGAGUUGUUAGUUAGUGCGUCAGAGCUACUGAGCGACGGAUUUGGAGCAGCGGACAUGGUGAAAAUUGGAUUCAACUCGCCCGUCGGCCAGAAAGACGCCAAAGGGGCCCUCCUGCUCCCCGAGCCGGAUCCAGAAUCCGUUGCAGCAAGUGGGGGUGAUAACGCCACAGGAAGAUGUUUGUUUACGCUUCUUGGACUGGCCUUCAUACUAUCUGGCUUAAUAAUUGGAGGAGCUUGUCUGUAUCGAUUCAUUGUUCCAAAGAACAAAGUAUUUCAUGGUGAAAUGCGAUACGUGGAUUCUAAUAUCCCGUCACAUGCUCCAGAGACAAAGGCUCCAUACUUCCUAGCUUUGGAAGAUGUACAGUUCUUGGGAGAUAAUAAAAAUGUGGCUGUGAUCAAUGUCCCUGUUCCAGAUUUUGAAGAUUAUGAUCCAGCAGUCAUCAUUCAUGAUUUUGAGUUGCUUUUGACCGCAUAUCUCGAUCUGAGUUUGGAUAACUGCUACGUGAUUGCUUUGAAUACUUCUAUUGUAAUGCCUCCACGCAAUUUAUUGGACUUGUUCAUGAGACUCACAACUGGUUCCUACUUGCCUCAGACCUACCUUGUUCAUGAAGACUUGAUGGUAACUGAGCGUAUUGACAAUGUUGAUGAAUUGGGUUACUUCAUCUACCGGCUCUGUUCAGGGAAAAAGACCUACAGAUUGCAGCGUAAAGAGAUGCAGAAAGGAAUCCAGAAACGCUCAACAGUAAACUGUCGCCGAAUCAAGCAUUUUGCAAAUAACUUUGUCACUGAUACUAUGAUCUGUGAACCAUGAGAGAUUAGUUUUUUCCCCAGCUGAUUUUGGAUGCUUCACUCGUGCAGUAGUCUUAACAAUCUUUAAGUAUGUGACAAUCAAAAGCCUCUUUAGGUGUGCUUUCCAAUUUGUAUUUUAGCUUCACUAAAAGGCUUUUAAAAUGCAGUUUUUGUUUGCACUGUCUAUCAGUAUCUGUCUACCAAUUUUGCAAAAGCAGUUUAUAUUCCUAAUGCAUUUGGUCUUCUCUGAAGAAUUAAAAUAAAAUAUUUGUGUCGGGUAAUGAAAAAGUAAUGUUCUCUUUUCUGGCAUUUCCCUUCCAUAAAGUACUUUUAAAGAUUGGUAUGUGCCAGCGCAAUGGGAUUGGAACUUGUGCAACUACUGUACUGAGAUUAUCAAUUUGUAGUGUAAAUGUUUAAAUUGUAUCAAAUGCCUUGUUUUUUGAUUGUAUCAUGGAAUAGUUUAAUGUUUGCAUAUUGAAUAUCAGCUCACUUACAAUGCAAUUCUAAAAUCGCUUUAACUGGUUUUGUCAGCUUUUUAACUUACAAACUUAAGUUCUGAACAAAUGUUUAUAUAACUCCACCCAUUGAUUAUAUCUGGUUGUAAAGUGGAAAUACUUGGAACUUACAGAAGUGGACACCAUUUUUUAUAGUUUAUGAAGCAGAUUUAUUGAACCUGGGACUAUCUCAUGGUAUAGAUAUUUAAAUUACUAACCCUGUGGAGAAUUUAAUGAAAGUAAACAUUAAACGUCUGUUAAAAUAUUG